AUGGACUUUUUCUCUCGAUCCCGCCGGAUUAUCUACUCUCCACAGCCUCUUACAUCUUUCCAUGAGACUCGCUCUGAGGCAUUGAUCAACCCCCAUGGUUAUGCAAUCGUCGAAGACUGCUUGAUUGCGCGAGUCAAAGCUGACACACUCGUGCAGAGUACAUUGUUCCCCGGGAAAAAACUACCACUAGGUCAGCUAAGCGAUGAAGAACUCCUGGCUAGAUUCACUCGCGGGUUCUUUGGUGGAAUCAUAUUUGCUGCCGAAAGAUUCAUUCUGGCAUCCGGUGGGUGGAAGCUAAUGGCAGUGCAAAUCAAAGGCGAGUCUCCGCUAGAAUUGUGCCUCAUCUUGUGCCUAACUCAACAGACUCCGUUAUUGUCAAAUACACAACCGACCAAUCCUGGGUUAUCACUGCCAAAGAAUAUAUGGAAAGUCACUGAAAUCCCAAAGGCAACACUGCUUCCCCUGGGCUCGAUACUGUUUGGCGCAUUUCAGGUGACACACUCGCAUUUGGUCAAUAAAACAAGGUUGAACCCUACUUCUGAAGGCUUGACAAAAUGGAAAUCCACCGAGGAGAAAUUUUCAUAUAUCGACUUCGGCUUUGGGAAUGGAAAUUUUGCCGGAUGCCAUAGACUGUCCGUUCACAGGAAUGACUCUUCAAAGGGUAUUAACUCCAUUACCAAAUGCGCAGACGAUCGUGAUGAUAUGAUAGAAUUUCGUCUAUCAUGUUUCCAUUGCAAUCCAAGAGGAGAAGAAUCGCGUCUCGUAACAAUGCUGUCGGGUUUCCAUCAGAUAUAUGCCAGACUGCUUUUCACCGACGCACUGAGGCUUCUCUGCUAG